CAAGAGUUACUUCAGUCAUCAUUUAACUUGUGCCCUCCUGUUGUACGUUUGCACCUUGGUUAUUGCUUCAAAGAGGAGUUGACGAACGAGGAACUAGAGAUCCAGCAUGUCAAAUUUGCAGCAUUUGGCUUUAUUCAUGUUCCUGAUCUUCUUGCCAGCGGGUAGGAGUCUAUUUAAUAAACUUGAUUCUGUAGGCCUCGGUGCCUUACGCAGAGCAGUCUCAAUCCGACAUCAACUAAUACUCUUUUAAUUAGCUUCUGUGAAAAUAAUCUUAAAAAGAAAGCUACUUUUUUAUGUCAUUUUUUAUAGAGUAAUUCCCGGUAUGCACAAGGAUUUCAGAGAAACAUCGUUGCAUACAAUUUGUCCCCCUUUUGAAAGAGGCGUGCUCUCGAUUCGCUGUGUCAGUUGAUUUCAUUUAUUUUAAUAACGAUAUUUCAACUGAUGAAUGUUGGAAUAUCUUUUUUUUCAAUUUUAAUGGGCAACUGAAGGUUUUGGGCCCUGCUUAUACAGCGUACGUAUGUUCUGAAGACUACUUGCAUUUAUCAAUUACACUUGAGUUAAUUUUCUAGGAAGUGAAUGUUAACGCACUUGAAUAUGACCAGGCCAAGUUAUACGACCUGCCUUGACAUGGAUAACUUUAUCUCCUGGAUAGUGGCUUGAUAGGGCUAUCAAAGCAUCGAACAACCGAGAUCGGUGACGCGAAAAGGAUAAAUUUUAUCCACAAGAUAGUGACUUUAAACAAUCGUGUCAGUUUAUUGAAAUACUCGACUCGGCAAUUAUGUCUUGUUUAAAGCUAAAUAUCUUAUAGUUACUAUAGGUAUUUUCUGUCCACAAUUAGUUCUCGAUAUUUUGAUAAGCAAAGUUGUCGCUUUUUUUAAAUUAAACGUUGUCUCUGGGCAGAUUUCAAAAGGCUAGAGCUGAUAAAGUUAAGACUCAAAGCUCAUUUUCGGACAAAAUUGAUAAGUCUUUUUUACAGUUUAUUGCUGAACUGCUUCUGCUAGCCUAAUUGGGAACCUGCUCUUCUUUCUCGCUAUAGUGAUUACCCGUCAAUGUUACCGAUGUCGUAGCAUUCACUCUUUUAAAGAUUGUGACGCCAACCAAAAGAAAGAAUAUUGUAGGUCAACCUCAACGUGUUUCAAAAUGAGGUUUUCUACAACAACCGGCGGUGAAGCAUACCUCAAAGGAUGCGCUCCGAGUCCCUGCAGGGGAACAGGAGACUGCAGCAAAUCCAACAUCAAGUGUGAACUGAGUUGCUGUUCUUCUGAUUACUGCAAUGGAGCCUCUGGUCCUGUGGUGAAUGCUGUGAUUCUUUUGAUUGCCUCCUUUACUUCCAGCUUCAGGUACUUGUUCUGA